AUGAAUCUAAAAAUAUUCCUUCUAUGUUUUCAAAUGUUCAACAUGGUUUGUUAACUCACAUAAAUAUAGACCCCAUUCCUAAAAAUUUCAGACUCUCAGUGACAAAAUCGUAACUUUUCCUGGAACUGUUACAGCAACAAAUUACAGUAUUCAAUUGUCUGAAAUAAGUUUCGAAAAAUGUGCUGAAAACUGUUUAUCAAAUAUAGAUUGUGUUGCUUUUCUUGUCACAGAAAAUUGUUCGAUUUAUACAUUUGAACAAUUAAUUAGUGUUCAGAAUAUUGUUUCAUCAAAUCAAAUUGUUGGAAUCAAAGUGAGGGUUUUCUUAGAAAUCAACUUAAUUUUCUCUUUUUUCCAGAUAAAUGGAAGUGAUAGUGAGACAUGUCCUUCAUCUUUCAGUUCUCUAGAUUUAUCUGGAAGUGUUAGAUCAUUGAGUUAUAAUUUUAUAACUGCAAGCUCUCCUGGCUUAUUUAAUUUUAAUCGAUCGAGUUGUUCAAAUGGUUGGAAAUUGUUCAGAAGAGUUCGUGGAUAUUACUGUAUUAAAAUAUUUUUUCCGAAAUCUGAUUCUGAUGUUUUUAAUUCAUCCUAUUGCAAACAAUAUUCAGCAUAUCUGACUGGAUUUGACAAUCAAAAUGAAAUUGAUUAUAUUUAUUCCGCAAUGCAAACAAAAUACGGUACUACAGAUAACAAAUAUUUGGCAAUUGACGGAAUCAGAAAACCAUCUUGUUAUACCAGCACAAAAAUCAAAUGUGGAGAAUUUGAAUGGACUAAUAAUUAUUCAUCUACUCCGAUGUUUUUUGAAUGGGAUUCAGGAGAACCAAGUGGUGUAGAAUAUUGGGGAACUCAAGAAAAUUGUUUAUCGGUUCAAUUUAAAGGAACUUCAAAAAAAUAUGCAAAUGAUAUUGGGUGAGUUGGUUCAGAAAAUUUUGGAAUUAGAAAUUAUUCUAGGUGUGAGUCAGAUUUGAUAAAUGGACAUGUUUGUGGUAUGCCAAUCGGUGAUUGGGACAACUAG